AUGGGAGAUUCUUUUGGCCUGUUAUCUUCUUGGGAUUCCCCUGUGACUGAUCGAAUAGCAGACAUCUCCAAUCACUUGUCUGACUGGACAGCCCUUUACAGCUUGGGAUCUCCAGUUUCCUCGAUCUGCAUGUCAAAAUCAAUCACUGCUGCCACAUCGUUUGGCCCACGGUGUAAGAUUGUGGUGCAAGACUCUGCACGUCUUGCCAGGGAUGACAUCACUGUCUUAACGCCAGACAAAAAACUUAUCUACGAUGUCUGGACCUGUGACCUAGCAGAUCGCGCAAUCGUCCUCGGCGACAUCGAGAACCCAGACAAAUUUCGAGCACUCGAUGUAAACAGCGAUGUGCUGGCCUUGCACCAAAAACAGAAUCUUGUCUAUACAGGCGCAAGAAAUGGGUCAAUCAGAAGAUUCGAUAUGCGAGAAGGGUCAUCUGGACAUCCCGUGUUCGACGAUAAGUUUACACCGGAAUCAGCCAAUUCAGUCAUCUAUAUGAAUGGCAUAAACGAGUCUCAGCUACUGAUCAGCACAAUCCGUGGAGAGAUCAGUCUUCACGAUUUGCGCUUUUCGCGUGGGAUGCAGUCUAUCAUGACGUAUAGUGGUCACGUGGGGUCUUACAGACAUAAUCUUCCACACGCAAUAAGUCCAUGCCAAUCUUACCUUUUUGCAGCAGGUCAAGACAAUCGCAUCAGAGCUUGGUCGUUGGUCACCGGCGCACAACUGUCGUCCCCUAUUCCGGUGUACACUCCCUCGCGACGCAAGGCCCACGCAAACCCACUGGCCGCUCAUUUCGAAGGAGAUGUCACAGCAUUACAGGUUCUAGAGACAGGCAAAGAGACCGUCUUGUUCGCGACAUCUGGGCAACGUCUACAUAUAUUCCCCUUGGGACAAUGUUCAAAUUCAGAAUAG